AUGCCUUCCAACGAGAGCCUGCAGAGUGGUCUUCCUACCCUGCCAGAGGUUGACCUCAAAUCUCCCGCCUCGAUAGAUUCCUUAGUUCAGGAUGUGGUUCGCGGGCUGAAAGAGUCUGGGGCCUGUAUCAUUCGGAAUCUGCUCGAUCGCGAGCAAGUCGGCCAUAUCAUGCAAGACAUGAAACAGUUCCUCAAGACCCGCCCCGAUUGUCCAUUCUUUGCUCAGGAGGUGAAAGUCGUGGGAGGAUUGGCCGGUAAAUCCCCAACCUUUGCCACCCACGUCGCUUGCAACGAAGUGUGGCAGAAAGUUCUGACUCACUUCCUCCGCCAUCCCUAUGGACCAUAUUGGAGUGGCGGGAAACAAUAUGUUUCCUACAGCGGAGUCCAAUUGGGAUCUUCAGCCGGCCUCCAGCUGGACCCCGGCGCGAAAGCCCAGGAUCUUCACCGGGACGAUACCGCACAUCGGACCUGGAAUGGCGAGGCGAGCGAGUAUCAGAUCGGACGGGAUUCCUGCCUCACCUCGUUGACGGCCUGUACGGCGACGACUAGUAUCAACGGUGCGACACGCGUCGUGCCUGGUAGCCACCUGUGGGAUUACAACCGACCGCCGCCACCCGAAGGGCAAGGUGCUGUGGAUGCUCUGCUUCAGCCGGGCGAUUCUCUGUUUAUUUUGGGAAGUGUGUUGCACGGACACGGCGAGAACAGCAGCGUCGAUGAAGAGCGCAUGGUGCUCGGAUGUGGCGCCUGCUGUGACUUUUUACGCCAGGAGGAGAACCAGUAUUUGGCACAUGACAGGGAGGCUCUCCAGCAACUUCCUUCCCAUGUCCAGCGAUUCAUCGGAUACAGCACUUUCGAGCCCGCAGGUGGUACUGCUAACUGGAAGGAUCCCUGGCAAUUGCUCAAUCCGAACAAAGAGUAUGAGCCCAUGCCCAUGAAUACGGUUGAGUUUACCCCGGAGCGGAAGGAAAAGGCAGUGUGA